CGCACUGUCGUCCUGAGCACCGCGUACACGCUGACAAUCUCCGAGACCGCCUGCCUGGACGAGCACGCCUGGAGCCUGUCUGAGUCCAACCCGUCGCUCGACUUCGACUUUCAACCGCUGUUUCCCUUCCCCAACGAAGAUGGAGGCGUCAACAUGCUCGUAGCAACCGGCGCGUCUCAGCCCUCGCCCUUCGACCAUGCCCGUCCCCACCAUGCACCCAGCGACGGCCCUCUCUCGCCCGUGCAAACAGCUGCUGCCGACAUGGAAGGCGCCGCCUCCACCCUGCCAGCGACCUCCAAUGCGCCUGCCGCGACCGCACCGCCUGCCGCGAUCGCACCGCCUGCCCUCCCCGACCUCACCGCUGGGGAGGGCGCGCUGCCUGCCGCAGACCUGAACCUCGACACUAUGGCAGCCAACGGCCUGCCCACCCUGGAUGCGCCCAUCUCGCUCGCCCAGCCCUUGGACAUGGGUCUCGCCAUGGACAUGACCAUGCCUAUGCCUCUGAACAUGAAUGGCCUGGGCAUGGCGCCCGACUUUAUGCCCAUGGACCUCCAGGAGCAGGACGUUGCCAGCGACGAACGUGUCAACGCCUUUGCCCGUCUGCGCUUCGACGACGGCUCCUACUACAUGCACACCUACCAGAUCAUCCUUGGCCGCAACCUCGCUCUCGCGCGCAAGGACAUGCGUCGUCUCGCCAAGGUCGACGACCUGGAAAGAAACGGCGAUCUCGCUGGCGCGCAUGCGCUGCUGCACGGAAAGAAGAAGAAGCGCAACGGCCGCGGCGCCCCCAGUGUCAUCAGUGAGAAGGGCGGCAUCGUCAGCGCACGCAUAGAGUCUAUGCCUCUGGAGUACCAGCAACGCCGCCAUCCUUCUCAGUCAGCCAGCUCCGGCUCCCACCAGAACGGUGAGGCCAUGGAGGGGAAGCCUGCCGAGCGUGCACCUCAGGAUGUCAUUAUGCAGGCCUUCCCUGAGCGCCCUGACCAGUUCGAUGGCCAUGUUCCCGAGGACCCCAACGACUGCCCUCUCGUUCCCAUACAUCCCGAGCACGUUACCGCUAGGACCGGUAACUCAGGGCCAAAGGGAAUCUCGCGUCGCCAUGCCAAGAUCUUCUACAACUUUGAAGAGGGAGGUUUCUGCAUCGAGGUCCUUGGCAACAACGGGUUGCACCAUGAAGGCCAGUUCUGUCCACAGGGUGCAGUCGUGCCUCUCGAACACGGCGACAAUCUCUCCAUUGGGGCUGUCAACAUCCAGUUCUUCCUUCCUGACGUCGCUCUCACUGAACAGCAGCGGCAACGACAAACGUCCGGAUCUCGACCCAUGAGCUUCUCUUUCGAGAAUGGGAACGGCGAGAUGGAGAGUGACGAAGAGAUGAGUUCUGACAGUGAGGGGCAGAUGAGCAUCAACCCUCGGCAAGUGUACUACCACCCCGUCGACAGUGAUCUUGAUUCUGAAGACGAUGCAAACGAUGACGACAUGGAUGAGUAUGAAGAGCCUGCACCGAAGCAGAAGAUCAAGAUCAAGCUCAAAGCACCGCGUCCACGCGAGCCGUCUCCGCCGCCCAAGAAGUCGAAGAAGCAGAGGGCCUUAGAGAAGAAGAGGAAGCGAGAACGAGAACGAGAACUGGAACGAGAAGAAGACGAUCACUCUUUGUACGAAUCGCCCAUCAAGAAGGCGAAGAAGAUCAGACCUCCUCAAGAAGCGCCAGUCAAAGCUUCACCGACGAAAGAGUCCAAGGCGACAAAAGAAGCCAAGCAAGUCAAGGAAGCCAAGCAGAAAGAGAUCGAAGCAGUCAAAGAAGUCAAGGAGCUCAAAGAGCCGAAAGAACCGAAGGACAAGGGCAAGGCUCCCGCAAAGGCACCAUCGAAGACACCUGUACCUGACGAGGCAACUCCUGAUGCGACCAAGAAAGAGACGCCUGUCAGGGACAAACCUGAGCCCGUCAAAUCAGCCCCGACUGAUAGCCCACCACUCCUACGCAAGCCACUUGAAGCUGAAAUCGAAGCUGGCGGAGAAAUUGAAGGCCUCAUUACGGAAGAAAUGGCCCGUCAACACAAUCUACCUCCAAGCCUCGUGGGACACGUAGUGGAGAAGCGGAAGGGCCCUGGUCGGCCGCCGAAAGACGGUAUCAUGUCGAAGCGGCAACGCUCGCAGCUCAUCAAGCAGGCCAAGGAGAUCGAGAGAGCCAAAGCUGCUGGUAUCGAUCCAGCCGACAUACCUGCCCCAUCUAUCAAGCCGAAGAUCACUAAACGCAAGGAUUCGAACGCGGGAGAUGCGGACGGCGACAAUGUCCUGGAAUCGACCGAGCAUGGCGAUGGUACGAUGAUGAGCGACAAAGGAAAGCAGAAGCAACCGAUCAAACCGCCGCGUACUCCGUCCCCAGAGAUGCGCAUCGAGGAUUACAGCGAAGAGCAGUUGCAGCGUCCGUCGGCCAAUUAUGUGGUACUCAUUCACGAGGCCAUUUCUUCCUCUAGUAGCGGCCAGAUGAACCUUCAACAGAUCUACAACUACAUCGAGAAGAAGUACCCCUGGUACAAGUUCAAGACUACUACAAGUGGCUGGCAGUCUAGUGUCAGGCACAACCUUGGGCAGCACGAUGCUUUUGUCAAAGGGGACAAAGAGGGUAAAGGCUUCAACUGGCGUAUCAACCCAGAAGUGUCCAUUGAGAAGGAGCGCAGGAAGAGGCAAGUGAGCCCGCCGGUCAAUCACGCUCAGCGACCACAAUAUUACCCACCGCCAAACGGAUAUCCUCCAUAUCCCCCUCAACCUGGCUAUCCAUAUCACCCAGGUAUGCCUCCGCCUGGCAUGCCGCCUGCGCCCCCUAGACUUCCGCCAAGCAUGAUGGCUUCUGCCCCCCGUUUACCUCCAAGCAUGGCUCGGGAUGCGAACGUCGCGACGCCCGCUGCACCACAGGGCGCUCCCCCACCAUCUCCUUACGCUUCACCCUGGGCUGGUGGCAAUACAGCUGGCAGUCCCUCUGCGCCAAUGCCUCCUCGCCCAUACCUGCAGCCGCCUCAUGGAACACCACCAGUUAGCUCAACAGCCGCUGGAUCAAGCGGCCAGUACGGCGUACUGUACCCAACAAGUGCACCGCCAUCGCACAAUGCACAUGCAGCUGCGAGUCCUUACGGUGGGCCAUAUACUACUGCGAACGCGAGCCCAUAUGGUACUGCACCAAGUCGUCCCUAUGCUCCAUAUCCCCCCCAGGGAUACCCACAGCCUAGUCCUGCAGGCCCUCCUCCCCAGGUCGCUCCGCCUGCUGGUCCUCCAUCGCAGAGUCCAGGGCCAGGGCCACCGCAGUCUCAGCCUCCUUCACAAGCCCAGCCGAGUCAAGCGCCACCGGCUAGCCCUGCGCCCCCUACUGUCAACCUUACGCCUGACAUUCUAGCUCGUUAUCCCGCCAACACCAAUCACGAGGUCAUUCGUAAUCUGGAGGCGUUCAGAAGCGUAUACGUGAACAAGAGGACAGAGCCCGGCGAAGCCACGAAAGUCGACAACGCCAUAAGAGCUUUUGUAGAUACCAGCGUCUCUCAGGCCAGCUUGACUGAUGCUGAGCGGCAAAUACUGACUGCAAUCAUGAGCAUUCCCAGUCUGGCCGCGUACCGAGCAAACCCCAUCGCUGUCAACCAAGGGAACGCUGCAACCCAGCUUCCUGUCUCGAGCACUGCUGCCGCAGGUACUGCAGCUGCCAUUGCAGCUGGCGGUGCCGCCAGCACAACUCCAAGCGCACCUCCGAGUACUCAAUCUCAGCAGGCACCUCAGCAGGCAUCGCAACAGGCACCACAACAGGCGCCGCAGCAAGCACUGCAGCCGCCCGCGUCGUCUUCUGCACCAACUGCGCCAACAGGGACUGCUCCGGCAACACCUGUUCCAGCAACGAGCGAGCCGCAUAAGUUCACGCCCAACAUGACGUCUGCUCCUGCUUCAGCUCCGCCAGCUCCCGCUGCAUCGCUGCCUCCUUCGCACCGACCAAGCGUCGAGCCGCUCACGCCCGUACCAGGAUCACCAGCAGCACAGACCGGAACGCCGUUGGUCAAGCGUCCAGUCACCGAGAUUCCUGCUGUUGAUCUGGCUGCGAAGGAAGCGGACAAGAAGUCCGAGGACGAUACGACAGUCAGCAAGACAGAGUAG